AUAAUAUUGAACAUUGGAGAUUCAAAACUCCCAUCCAAGAAUCAAAUACUUGUUGUUCGGACACUUCUAUAAGAUUUUCAUCAGGAUAAAAAGGCAUUGUAAGUGACUGCAGGUAUGAAGUGGUUGAUACUGAAUUCAGCUAUAGUAGCUUUCUAUUUAUGUACAACAUCAAUUGUGGAAGUGAAUACCAAAAAACCAUACAAGAUCAAAAUGCUGGAACUAAAUGGGACUCAAAUCUCCAAUUCUAUUGGUGAUCAGGAUUAUGAACCGGAUCUAGAGGAUAUCAUCGACCGAAUUUUCAGAAGUUACCUCACCAUACUCACGUCGCAGUUCAAAAACAUGCCUUCCAUUGCCGAAAAAGUUUUCCUUUUCGUGUCGGCCAUUUUUGAAUCAUUGAAGACCUAUAUGGAGGGUUACAAAUUCAUGAAAGACCUCCUCAAAAGUCCGUCUUGAAGUUGAAUAAUAUCAGUACUCAAUAAAACAUUUAUUUGA